GGAGUUGAAGAGGCACACUUGUUUAUCGGAACGUUGCUACAUACAAACGGUGUCGUUGCUCUUGUCGUUGUUUCCAGAUAAACACGUGACUAUCUAUCGUUCCAUCUCUCAAAACUUCAACACAACCAAACUCCCUACCUAUGGCAGAGCUCCAAACCAAGGCUGAACCAGCUUCGGUUCCAGCUCCGGCUGCCGUGGAACCCCAGCCUCCGCUGGCUGAGGCGCCGAAACUUGACGCUGCUGACAAGAAAGCGGUAGCGGCGGAGGCGCCUGCUCCGCCAGCGGAAACCAAAGCUCUUGUUGUUGUGGAGAAGGAGAAGGACAGUGAGAAGACCCCACCAGAACCUGUAAAAAAGAAGGCCUCAGGUGGAUCCCUUGAUAGAGAUGUUGCUCUUGCAGAAAUAGAGAAAGAGAAAAGGUUGUCUAAUGUGAAGGCAUGGGAAGAAAGUGAAAAAUCCAAAGCAGAGAAUAAAGCCCAAAAGCAGCUCUCUGCUGUUGCUGCUUGGGAAAACAGCAAGAAAGCAGCUCUUGAAGCUCAGCUGAGAAAAAUUGAGGAACAAUUAGAGAAAAAGAAAGCAGAAUAUGCUGAAAAAAUGAAAAACAAGAUAGCCUUAGUUCACAAGCAAGCAGAGGAAAAGAGAGCACUGGUUGAAGCCAAGCGUGGGGAAGAAAUUCUGAAUGCUGAGGAAACAGCUGCAAAAUAUCGUGCAACUGGAACCACUCCAAAGAAGGCCUUUGGAUGCUUUUAAUUUUCAUUUUUUUUUUGUUGUUUUUUUGGUCUGAUCAUGUCCUAGCAAUUAUUAAUUUUUGUCUAUAAUUUUUCUUGUUUGCUUUCAAAUGUCGUUUGUGUGUAAGAAAUGGAAAAAUGUAAUAUUAUGAAAGUCUGUGCAACAGAUCUUCUGCUAAGAUGAAGUGUUACAUGCUCUUUA